AUGUGGCAAAUAUGCGAGGGCUACCGGCUAGAGGACAAAGAAGAGACUCGCUGGAAAGGCUCCAAAUCAAGGAAAUUAGGUGAUGGCUACAAGCUCAUCUACCACGGCACAUCAAAUUGCAAUGGCGUUGGCGAAGAAGUACUUCUAAUCGGAGGAGACUUCAACGGACAUGUCGGUUCUCGGAAAGACGGGUUCGAGAGUUGUGGAGGAAAUGUGGUCGUCUACUUCCAGCGUUAUACGCUUGACCGCGGAGAACACUCUGGGAAAGAUGACUCUAGGCAAGCCCAAAGUACAAAAGGCUACGUGGUUUUGGAGCGAGGAAAUCGGGAUGCUUACCUAGCGGCGAAAAGGGAGGCUAAGAAGGCAGUCUCCAAGGCGAAUUCGGACCGCCACAAGGCUGUGUACGACAUGCUUGAUACCAGAAAAGGCGAGCGGACAGUGUAUCGUUUAGUCAGAGCGCGACAUCGCUCAAUGUUGGAUAUGGAACACACCAAGAUCGUUAAUGGAGCUGAUGGAGCCGUUCUGCACCACCCUGAAGGAUGGACUCCAGACGUUUGGCAAACUUCCGUGACCGUGCCUGUCUGGAAAGGGAAAGGAGACAUUGCUGACUGCACUUCGUACAGGCCUAUACGACUGCUGUGCCAUACGAUUAAAGUUUUUGAGCGUGUCCUGGAAGCUCGUCUGAGGAAAAUUGUCAGCGUUUCACUCAACCAGUGCGAUUUUGUGAAGGACUGCAGCACUAUAGAUGCUAUCCAUGCUGUCCGUAUCCUUCUGGAGAAACAUCGAGAGAAGAACCGCAGUGUGCAUCUUGCUUUUCUCGAUCUCGAGAAAGCUUUCGACCGUGUCCCACAUGAGCUGUUAUGGAUGUCCAUGAGGUCGCAUAGAGUACCAGAAGAAUGUGGACAAAGCUGCUUUAUGCGAAGCCUACCAGCGUUGUCCGAUGUGCUGCUGGAACAAGCAGGCCAUUCCCUGUACAAGUAA